UUUAUUCUUUUAUAAAUGUUGUUUUGUUUUAGAAAAUCUGAAAGGCUUUUGUCUUCCUCGUGAACUGAAACUUUCUGUCUGUUUCUCCUUCUGUAACCAAAGAAAUGUUACAGCUGACAGGCAAAAAAAAUAAACACACAACAGACUCAAAACCCAAAAUUUCACACUCAUUGGGUCUCUCAUCACAUAUUCAAAUUUGAAAGCCGUUUUUAACAAUUCUCUCUCUGUUAUGUGAAGCCCGCUUCUUACUCUCCCUCUCUUUGACCACCUCGGUCGCUACAAACACCACUUCACCGAUUUGACUGUCACUCACUUCCUCCAUUUUUAACCCUUUCCUUCUUUUAUUUUUUUUUCUUCCUCUCUCUCACACAUUUCAUCAAACAUUUUUUCUACAUUCCCUUUUAAACAUGAAUAAAAAGAUUGAUAAUGGAGACACUGAAUCUCUUACCAGUAGCUUUCAAGAUCUUAGCUUUACUAACAGUGUUUGUAUCAGUUUAUGCAGCAGCACCAUUUCUGGGUCUGAUAAUAGUGUUAGUAGCAAUAUAAGUAAUGCUAGUAAUGCUGCUAGUGAAGCUAAAGAGAGUGAAAAGAGCACUAGCACUCUAGAUCCAAAUGAACCUAGUUUUAGAAGUUUUUGCCCUUCAAAACCCCAUAAAGGAAAUGAUAUUAGAUGGGAUGCAAUUCAAUAUGUUAAAGGUAGUAAUAAAGAUGGUGAGUUGGGGUUGGGGUUAGGUCAUUUUAGACUACUGAAGAAACUUGGAUGUGGUGAUAUAGGGAGCGUGUAUUUAGCUGAGUUAAGAGGGAUGGGUUGUUUGUUUGCAAUGAAAGUAAUGGAUAAAGGAAUGUUAGCAGGGAGAAAAAAAUUGUUGAGAGCUCAAACUGAAAGGGAGAUUUUGGGUCUGUUGGACCAUCCAUUUUUGCCAACCCUUUAUUCUCAUUUUGAGACUGAGAAGUUUUCCUGCUUGUUAAUGGAGUUUUGCAGUGGUGGUGAUCUUCACACACUACGGCAACGGCAGCCUGGCAAGCAUUUCACUGAGCAGGCUGCAAGAUUUUAUGCUUCGGAGGUGCUCCUUGCACUUGAGUAUUUACACAUGAUGGGUGUUGUGUAUAGAGACUUGAAGCCUGAAAAUGUAUUGGUUAGGGAGGAUGGGCAUAUUAUGCUGUCAGAUUUUGAUUUAUCAUUAAGAUGCUUUGUGAAUCCUACUCUUGUUCAGUCCAGUAGUGAGCCAUCUUGUAAGAUCUCUUCAUAUUGUAUUCAGCCAUCAUGUAUUGAUCCGUCCUGCAAAUUACCUGUUUGUGUAGAGCCUUCUUGCUUACAACCAUCUUGCUUUAAACCUCGAUUUUUCAACUCCAGAACAGCUAAGGUGAAAAGUGAAAAGCCAAAUUUGGCAAAUUCAGAUUCACUUCCUGUACUUAUUGCAGAGCCAACUACUGCUCGGUCCAUGUCAUUUGUUGGAACCCAUGAGUAUUUAGCACCUGAGAUAAUAAGAGGGGAUGGGCAUGGGAGUGCUGUUGAUUGGUGGACAUUUGGCAUCUUCUUGUAUGAGUUAUUACUUGGUAGGACACCAUUCAAAGGGACUGGAAACCGAGAGACCUUAUUCAAUGUGGUAGGCCAGCCCCUAAAAUUUCCUGAGGGGUCCUCUGUGAGUUUUGCUGCCAAGGAUUUAAUCCGGGGUCUGCUCGUAAAGGACCCUCAAAAGAGAUUAGGUUUCAAAAGAGGUGCUACAGAGAUUAAACAACAUCCUUUCUUUGAAAGUGUUAAUUGGGCACUCAUUCGCAGUACUCAUCCUCCAGAAAUUCCAAAACCAGUUGAUAUUUCAUCUUUGAAUCACACAUUGAAAUCAUCCUUGGCAUCAAAUGAUAAGGGAGCCAAAGACUCGGAUAGAUCAUCGGGUCCUUACUUGGAUUUUGAGUUUUUCUAGCAAAGUUUUGCCGGAGGACUCUAGGGCUUGUUUAUGAGGUGGUUGGUUACAUUGUCAGUGUGUAUUCAUGUUCUUAAUGAAAUAUUAUUUUCCA